CUUGGACGACAUUGAUCAGAGCUGGGAGUGCAGGCUCCCGAGGGGGAGACAUGGUGGUGACUCAACCUGAGCCGACAGGGCCACUCUGGUUUCGAGGAACUGCGGGUCUCCAUCUUUACCCCAAGACGUGAUGAUGGUUCAAGUUCAAGUAUUUGAAUCUGAGUUCAAUUUUGGAUUUCAAUAAAUAUGGUACCAGAAUACUUGGCAAUCGCUGAGGCCGAAAGUUUUGGCGCGGCAUCAAAAUUUCUUGGUUUUUGUCUGUCUUGUCUCUUUUAUUGCAAAUCCCAUAUCCCCCUUCUCGGUCGAAUCAAAUUAGGGUUACUCUCUCUCUCUCUCUCUCUUUUACUCCCCCCCUUCCCCUCCUCCUCCCACGGAUGGUAAAUCCGAACAGCAAACGAGGAGCCAACAGCAACGGUGGCGGCGGCCGCGAGAAGAGCAAUAAUAAUAGCAAGAACAACAUGGGUGCUUGGGAAGAGAACACCAUGGCCAUCCUUGACUCCUCCGGCUUCAAGGAUUCCCAGGACGUCCACGACGAUCGGCUUUGCUUCUUGGAAGCUGUUCGAUCCGCCUCGCUCGCCUCCGAGCCGUCCACGGCUCCCUCUUGGAGAAUGUUUGAUGCCGUCUUCCAGAUUCUCGUGGACUGCAACUCUCUUGAACUGACCAUGGCUAGUUACCAGCUUCUGACCGAGUUGGAUAAGCGCUACUCAAGAGUGUACGUGAUGAAAUCAGACAAGACUGAAUCAUCAUCGAGCGGGAUUGUCAAUCUUGUUGUGGUUAAAGAGGCAUGGUCACCUUUUAAUCUUACAUCAGGUGGAGAGCGAACUGCUAAGGAUUUGUGCAGUUUGUUUGAUUCUGUGAGAUUCUCUACCUUGAUAGAGGACAUGGUUCAAGCAGUUAACAAAUUGAGCUUUGAUUUGGUGUUUAAGGCUGUAGGAAAUUUGCUAUUGUUCCAGUAUCUUGUAAAUGUCCUCGAGGAUGAUCUAUUACCUCGUCUUACUGUUUAUAAAGAAACACUGAACUGGUUACUUCUCAAGGAAUCUGUACUAAAUAUUCUUCUGGGAUCACGAAAAUUAAACUUUAAGAGUUUGGUUAGGGAUUGCAUGUCCAUUUUACUCAAGCGUUGCCAUCAUAAUAUACCAAAUAACCAUCAAGACCUGAGAAGCUCAGAAGAUACUUGUUCUCAAUCAAGUCAGGAUUGUGUUGUUGGUCUAUCAAUUGCUGUUUCUGAACUAGAAAAAGAAACUUGUGUUGCUAUACAGAAAUUUUUUAAGCUGGUUAUGGAACUUGAUGUAGCCAGGAAAGAAGCAGAUAUGCAUGGACUUACUUCUCGGCUUGAUGGCUUUAGGCUUCCCAUCUUGGAAAUCAUUGUGGAUGAACUAACCUACAACAGAGAUAGCCUUCCCCCAUUUCUUGUGGUCUUCUCAGAGCCUAAAUGGAAGUUGGAGAUCAUUUUGCAGUACUUUUCAAAAUAUAUAACAAAGUCCUCUGUUAGAACUCGAAGAUCAAAUGAGAAAUCAGAUGGUGCAACUUUGAGGGGUAUGCUGAACAACUUUUCAACUGCUGCAAAUACAAAGAAUAUUGUGAAAAGAGUUACUUCAGGAGCAGCCCAACUGCUUUUAGCACAUGCUUUUCAGGCUUGUCUCUCCCUAGUACGUGACUCUAAGCAGAUUGCUAGCUCUACUGAAAGGAUCGGUGCAACUCUUUCUGAGAUAUGCAACAGCUUAAUUUCUGCUUUCAGAAACCUCAGAAAAACUGAUGAGGGUUUGGAGAUCACGUCUUUUGCCAAGGAAGCCUUGUUUGCUGCUGCCAUAGUCCUGAAAAGAAAGCCUUAACUGAGGAUGCGGAAGGCAUACUCGAUCAAGAUUACUACCCUGCAGGUUUCAUCUUUCUCAUGUGACUGCAAUGUCUUGGAGAAGACGUCUAACUGAUUUAAGUCAUAGUAUGCACAAUUGUGAAUCAGGAGUUUGUAACCUGCCGGGCAAAAAAUGAAAGAUCUUACCAGGUCUCCACAUGGUGUGGCUGUAGGUAUUGGACAAACAUGAUGUGGGUUUUGUGGGUCUUUUAAUUUAUUCUACUAAUUUGAGGGGUCUUUUAAUUUAUUUUAUUAAUUUGAUUGA